UGAUUAAAAACAAAGGAAGCGUCGUGCCGCGCGCAGCGGAAGUGGAGCGCUUGUGUAAACACACCGUCGAGCAGCGCGUGAUGAUGGGCUCCACCGGAGCGGUAUGCGCGCUUCUCGCCGCUCUGUGCGGUGCGUGUCAGGCGCUGCAGGGCGGCAUGCUGUUUCCCACAGAGUCUCCCUCCAGAGAAGUGAAGGACGUGAGCGGCCUGUGGAGCUUCCGAGCGGAUCUCUCUCCGGAGCGGAACCGCGGCUUUGAGCAGCACUGGUACCGGAGCCCGCUGGCGCAGACGGGGCCUGUUAUUGACAUGCCGGUGCCAUCCAGCUACAAUGACAUUACACAAGACGCCAAAAUCCGGGAUUUCAUUGGCUGGGUGUGGUAUGAGAAGGACGUAUGGGUGCCGGCGCGCUGGAUCCAGGACCGGGGAGCGCGGAUCGUGCUCCGAGUGGGAAGCGCUCACUAUUACUCAGUGCUUUGGGUGAACGGGGUCAAGGUGACCGAGCAUGAGGGUGGUCAUCUCCCGUUUGAGGCGGACAUCAGCGGCGUGCUGCGGCAGACGAGCGGGAAUCCGUGUCGAAUCACCAUCGCUGUGAACAACACUUUGACUCUAGAGACGCUUCCACCGGGAACCAUCCAGUACAUGAACGAUCGCAGCAGAUACCCUGCAGGCUACUUCGUUCAGAACACUGACUUUGAUUUCUUCAACUACGCUGGAAUCCACCGGCCGGUCCUGCUGUACACCACACCGAAGGCGCACAUUGAUGACAUCUCAGUGGAGACGACGUUCUCUGAUAACAUCGGUAAACAUCAGCCGAAAUCUUGCUUAAAUUCACGGACACACACUGAUCCUAUGAGCGUAAAACACUGUAUUGUCACCUCACUGACCCCGCGGUUUGUGUGGCAGAUCCGAGGGAAAGGCUUCGACUGGCCUCUGGUGGUGAAGGACUUUAACCUGAUGAAGUGGAUGGGAGUGAACUCGUUCCGCACCAGUCACUAUCCCUACGCCGAGGAGAUCCUGCAGAUGGCCGACCGGCACGGCAUCGUCAUCAUAGACGAGUGUCCUGGAGUGGGAAUCAAAGACAUACGCAGUUUCGGGAACGUUUCUCUGGCUCAUCACCUGACGGUCAUGGAGGAGCUGGUCAGGCGUGAUAAGAACCAUCCGUCUGUGGUCAUGUGGUCUGUGGCCAAUGAGCCGGCCUCAGAAAUGCCGCCCGCUGGAUUCUACUUCAAGGAACUGGUGUCUCAUACGAAAUCUCUGGAUUCCUCUCGGCCCGUCACGUACAUCACAGACAGCAACUAUGCCAGAGAUCAAGGGGCGCAGUAUGUGGACGUUAUCUGUGUGAACAGCUAUUUGUCGUGGUAUCAUGACCCGGGUCACACAGAGCUCAUCAGUCUUCAGCUCAACACUCAGUUUGAUGACUGGUACGACAAAUACCAGAAACCCAUCAUCCAGAGCGAGUACGGAGCGGACGCCGUGGCCGGCCUACACAGCGAUCCACCCAUGAUGUUCACAGAGGAGUAUCAGACGACGGUCCUGCAGAACUACCACAACGUGUUCGACCAGAAGAGGAAGGAGUUUGUGAUUGGAGAGCUGAUCUGGAACUUCGCCGACUUCAUGACGGCUCAAACCAUCACUCGAGUGGUUGGGAAUAAGAAGGGAAUCUUCACUCGGCAGCGUCAGCCCAAAGCCGGAGCGCUUCUGCUGCGAGAGCGAUACUGGAGGAUCGCCAAUGAGACGGGUGUGCUGCCCACCUGGGCCAGGUAUCCCUGCCAGUGAGCCGGAUUAGCUGCUUCCGGUGCAGGAAAACCAGGUGAAAAUGGACUGUUUAUCAAGUGCCUUAUAUGUGCCUCACUGACAAUCACACCUGUGGGGAAAACACAAGAUCUGUUCUUAAAGGUGUGAUUGUGUGAUGAAUCCUUAUGCUGUUUGUUCUUUGUAAAGACACUCAAUUUUUUUGUAUUGUUUUUUUUUAAGUCCUGAAUCGCAGCAACACUAUUAAACUGGAACAGGCAUACUUUUUCCUAAAUGUGCCUUUUUUUCGGCCUCUGGGAUUCAUAUUGUGAACGUUUGCAAUUAUAUAUAUUUUUGAUAAUGAGUUAAUAUAAUGAAACCUGUCAUGAUCAUGUCCAGGUCACAUUUCACCUCCAUAAAAAGAAAUUACAUUUUGUUUAAAGACCAUUAAGCCUAUUUUAGGGCCAGCAAUAUUUUUUGCAUUAUUUACAUUAUAAUUAAAACACGUUUCU